AUGGACGGAAGCAGAGUGUCGGACUUCAGCAUCGAGCGCAUCCUCUCCCCGCAGCUCGGACUCAAGCCGCCGGUCAUGCGCUUCUCACCGGACGGAUAUCUCCCGGGAGUCCCUGACGGAUUUAGACUGGACUCCGGGAGCUUCAGACCUCCUGCGCCGGUCCCGGUCCCGGUGCCGAUGCCAGGCUGCCUGCAGCACAGAGGGAUGAGCUUUGGAGAGGCGCUUUGCCCGUAUGGAGCCGGUUUCCAUCACACAGACUUCAGCAGCGUUUAUUCAGACUCCGGAGUUUUCGUGCACUUCAUCAGUCAGGACUCUGCAGACGCUCAGCAGUUGGCAGGUUACCAUGGCUACCAGCACACCGGCGUGUCCGCGCAUCCGCAGCUGCGUCAGAAGUCCCGGAUGAGGACGGUCUUCACCGACAGUCAGACCAAACGGCUCGAGGCGCUGUUCGAGCUCACACAGUACCCGGCGGUGGAGGCGCGUGCGGAGGUGGCGAGGAGCACCGGGCUGAGCGAGGAGACCGUCAGGGUGUGGUUUAAGAACCGCAGAGCCAGGAGGAAGCGGCAGCGCAGCGGGUCAAAGGUCAGCUCUCCCUCCCGUCCCGGCAGCGUUUGA